CGUAGAAUGACAAGUGCAGCAGUUUCCGGAUAUUAUGACCGAACAACUUUUUCCUAAGUUGGGGGCAGAAAACUUCGACCAGUACUAAAGUCACUACAGUAUUUCUUGUCCGUAUAUGUAAACCGCACAGUGCUGUUGGACGUGUAGAAAUGGCAGGAGUUGUAAACAUUGGACCGGUCGAGUUUGUCCACAUUUUAGACGUGGGAACCAACAUAACUCGUCUGGAAGUGGGUCCACAAAGACUGAUGUGUUUAAACAAUGAAAAGUUGGAGGCUGGUCCUAUCCCAUGUGUCAUUGUUCCACCGGGUCAUUACUGCAGAAUCAAGGAUCCUAUGAGCCAUUAUGAGAAAGGCCAGCAGUGUGAGUUGAAGCACGGACAGGUGGAGAUUCGCUUCCAUCAGGAUCCAUUUCCUCUUUAUCCGGGAGAAAUCAUAGAAGGUGCUGAAGAUUUGCAGGCCUUUUCAACACGAGGCUAUAAAAAGGCCAUUCAUCACUUACCAGUCGUCAAAGUCAAUCAAGCCAUUCAAUUGAAAGCCGUGCUUGAUCAUGAGGUUGAUGGAGUACAACGACUUGCCGGUGACCUCUGGCAACUGGAAGGACCUUUGACCUAUAAACCUACUGCUGAAGCUGAGAUUGUUGGAUGGGUUAACCCUGCCGUCAUUGGUCAAGGUCAGGCCCUUCACCUCAAAGCAAAACAAGGAUUUACUGAUAAAGAUGGAGUUACUCAUGUGAGUGGUGAGGAGUGGUUGGUCAGAAAAGAAGGAGCUUAUCUACCUGGAGUCUAUGAAGAGGUGGUACAAUUGGUGUCUGCCUACAUCCUCAAGCAAGAUGUUGCCCUCCAUCUUCUUGCUGAGCACAGUUGUCGAGAUGCUCUCGGCAAGCAGCGACAGGCUGGAGAGGAAUGGUUGGUGACUGUUGACGACACUGAAAUGUACAUCCCUGAAAUAGGAGAGAAAGCAGUGCAACCCAUUAAGAAGAUAGUACUUGAGAAGGGUCAAUAUUGCACUGUGUGUAAUUCAGUCAAUGCAGAUGGCAGGGCCCAGUUGGGAUGUGAGGAACUCCGCAAGGGUCAUACCAGCUUCUUCCUUCAUCCAGGUGAACUCAUCAAGGAUGGAAUUAAAGAACAGUUUGUGAUGGCUGAAGACCAGGCUAUCGUACUGCAGGCUAGCAGUGCGUUUAAAGAUGAUUCUGUGCCUGGUGGGCCAGUGAAGCGUACCCCAGGAGAUCUUUGGAUGAUCAAGGGACCAAUCAGCUACAUUCCACCUGUUCAAGUACAUGUAGUUGAUCAGGGAAAUGGGGCCUUAGUCAGGCGUGCCAUACCUCUUGAUGAUAUGGAAGGAAUAUAUGUCCGCAACUUGAAAACAGGGGAGGUCCGUGCUGUGAUGGGUCCUGAUUCAUACCUGCUGACAGAACAUGAACAGUUGUGGGAAAAGGAACUGCCACCAUUGGUUCUAACAAUUCUCCAGAAUGGAGGAGGCCAUGGAGCAGGUGAUAUCAGAAAGCUAGCUUACUUUGAAUCAUCAAUGGAUGCUGACUAUGCACCAGGCAAGAUCCGAGAUAAAACCAGAGUGGUGAGAUACCGUUGCCCUGGAAACACAGCUGUGCAGGUUUACAAGUACCAGGAGAAGACAGCCCGGGUGGUGUUUGGCCCUGACAUGGUCAUCCUUGGACCUCAAGAGGAUUUUAAUGUCCUCAGCUUGAGUGCUGGUAAACCUAAGGUAGAGAAUGCUCUGCAGACCAUCUGCCUCAUGUUGGGACCUGAUUACAUCACUGACAUCCUAGAGGUUGAGACAUCGGACCAUGCAAGACUGAGGGUUCGGAUUGCUUUCAACAACUACUUUGAGUUUGAAGGUGGCAAUGAACAAUCAGAGAAAUCCAUCUUUUCUGUUCCUGAUUUCAUUGGAUUUGCUUGCCGGCAAGUAGGUAGUCGCAUUCGUGGAGCAGUUUCCAGAGUUCGUUUUGAUGAGUUUCAUCGUCAUUCUAACAAACUUCUACAAGGUGCUGUCUUCGGCUUUGAUGCUGAUGGAAAUAUCAAAAACAGACUGAAAUUCAAAGCUAACAAACUGGUGAUAAGCAACGUUGACAUUCAAGGCAUAGAACCUGUGGAUCUCACCAUGAGAGACAGUUUGAUCAAAUCUGUGCAGAUGGCUAUUGAAAUAUCAACCAAGUCAAUUGAGAGAGCUGCAGCCCAUGACGCUGCCAGGAAGGAACAAGAAUCUCGAGGUUUAAUAGAUCGACAGAAACUCCUGAAUGAGAAAGAAGCAGAACAGCAGAGAGCCAAGCUGUUUGAGUUACAGGCAGAAGCUGCGGCGAUUGAGUCAACAGGGCAAGCUAAAGCUGAAGCACAGGCCCGUGCUGAAUCUCUCCUCAUUGAAUGUCACAGCGCUAUUGACUCAGCUCGACUCAAAGCCCAAGCUGACGAGGUCAUUCAUGAAUCGGAGCUGCAGUCUCGGAAUCUACUUCGUAUGUCAGAACUUGGCUACAAACGGCGACUGAAUGAGACAGAGAUUAAUAAAGCCGAUGAACUCUGUGGUAUCGAGGCAUCUCGGUUUGACGCCAUGGUGAAGGCUCUAGGAGCAAGUACCAUCGCAGCUAUCGCAAGCGCUGGACCCAAACUUCAGGCGGAGCUUCUGGAGAGUCUUGGGAUUGAGUCAACACUCAUCAUGAGCGGUGAUAAUCCUAUCAACCUGUUUAAGACGGCUAAAGGAAUGGUUCCAAGUGCAGGGAACCUGUGAAAAUAUUAGCAAAUCCUGAUAAUAAACUAAUGUGCAUAUAUUCAUCAGCUGACUUCUUUUCAAAUGAUUUUCCCAAUGAGUAACACAAAAUAUCAUACCUCAUAGGUAAGGUAUUUGCAUACUAUCUUUUAUGAACUGAUUGUGUGAAAAUAAGACUUUUCACUGAAAUUUAUGAAUGGCAGAGAAUGUGGGAUGUACAUUGCUUGUCGUGCUGCAUUCUUCUUGUUUUUUGUUUCAAGUUAUUUUUGGCCAACAGAUUUUCUUUUUUGUCACAUAUAGCUUAAAAGUUGUUUUCUUUUUAUUGUCUGCCAGUUGAAAUCAGAUAAGCAGACAGUGGAAGCCAUGUUGAGAUAAUUGGAGCAUUUCACAAUUUUCCUGGAUUAAAUUUUGCUUUAGUUUUUGCAACAAAAUUUCACAAAAAUAACUGCCAGUUCAGGUACCUAAAAUUACUCCUGAACCAUUGUGAUAUUGUGCCUUAGUGGAUAUAUGUGUGUGUAUCAUUGAAAGUUGAUCUGUACAGGUCAUGACUGAUUUCCAAGUAACGAGUAUGAAUAAUGUAACCAGUUAACCAAGUACUAAAAGCAAUAUUCAUAUCUACACAGGUCAAGUUAAAUUGCAAGGAGAACAAUACCUAGAAAGUUGAAUAGUCAGUGAAAGAUUUUGUUUUCUAGAAAUAAUGCAAUACACUGGAUGGAAUCAUGAAUGUCUUUGUCAAUUUUAAUUGAUAGGUAUUUCAUACUUGAGAGAUUUAUUUGUAAAGUUACAUGUAUUUAGAUUUUGUCUCAUAGAUAUUUUUUCUAUAUAACAGAAUAAUGAUGUGUCUUUGAAAAUUACAACAAAGGAUGAUGAUUUAAAAGAAAGGAGAAUGUUUUUCCUAAUCCGACUUUACUUAUUAAAAGAAUGUAACGUCUUGAAUAAGCCGAGAUUAUGUAAA